UUCUCAGCCCAAUAGAUAGAUAGAUUCAUCAAUAUAAUGGUUGCUGCAGCUUUAUCAUUCCUCUCCUCCAACUAUAAUAAAAAUGUCCUAAAACUUAAUUACCUAUUUCUGCUGUCCCUAAUUAUUGCAUCCACCUGCCACUCCUUCAGCCCUAAACUCCUCAAUUUCUCCAAACUUCAGUAUUCCGGCGGCGGCGGCGGCUGGACGCCAGCCAGGGCCAGCUGGUAUGGAAACCCUUCCGGUGCAGGCAGCGACGGUGGUGCCUGUGGAUAUAAGACCGCCGUCGAUACGGCGCCGUUUUCGUCUUUGAUUACGGCGGCGGCGUCCUCUCUUUAUGACUCCGGCAACGCUUGUGGAACUUGUUAUCAGGUGAAAUGCACGAAGGCGGCGGUUUGCUCCGGCGCGGCGGUGACGGUUGUAAUAACCGAUGAAUGCCCCGGCUGUGACUCACAGAACCUCCUCUUCGAUCUCAGCGGCACUUCUUUCGGAACUAUGGCCAAUCGUGGAGAGGCCAAUCAGCUCCGGAAUGUCGGAAUUGAGGAUAUCCAAUAUAGGAAAGUGGCGUGCAACUUCGGCGGGACCACGGUGGCGUUCCGUGUGGACGAGGGGAGCAAUCCAAACUACUUCGCCACCGCCAUCGAGUACGAGGACGGCGACGGGCUGGAGGUGGCGGAGCUCCGGCGGGGCGGCGGCGGCGGGGAGUGGCUGAGAAUGAGUCGAUUAUGGGGUGCUGUACACAAGGUGGAUUUGCCGGGGAAUUAUCCGGCGCCGUUCUCGGUGAGGCUGACGAGUAAAUCCGGGAAGGUAGUGGUGGCGGACCACGUCAUCCCGGCCAAUUAUGUGCCCGGAAAGACUUACAGAUCCAUGGUCAAUUUUUAAUCAAGGCCUGCAAUUAUUCCAAUAUUAAUUAAUUAAUUAAUUAAUACCUAAGCCAAUCCAUGGUGAAAUAGGAGUAAUAUAAUUAUAAAAGGUCUGUCUCUGCCCGCUGUGUGCAGUUAGUUAGUUAUUUUAGUUACUGUCUGUUGUGUUGGAAUAUGAGCCAAUCCUUUUGUGAUAUUGUGCUCAAUGUCUCUUUUGCUUUAAUUUGCAAUAUUAAUGCAAAGUAAUAUAUUUAUGU